AUGACGCCCCACAUUAUAAUUCCAAUUAUUGGCGACGGUGCUUGCCUGUUUAGAGCAAUGUCUUUUGUGUUAUAUGACACUCAAGACAAGGCCCAAGAAGUACGUGAGAAGAUUGUGACCUAUGUGAUGAAUCACUGGGAAGAUUAUUCAAUUAUGUCACAUGAUAGUGAUGGAAAUAAUUACCGUAGUUCUGCCGACUACUUUACUGAUAUGUUACAGUUCAAUACAUAUGGAGGUUUAUGUGAGCUGGUGGCAGCCGGACAAUUAUAUUUGGUCUUCAUUGAGGUCUAUCUCAAUGGAGAGCUCUAUGAAAAAUUCGGUUCUGAAGGGAACCCCGUAAAGCGACUUCGUUUUAGUUCUAUGCAAAACCUAUCUAAUGGACAUUUUGAUGUUUAUUUGCUUUAUGAAGAUGAAUUGACUACAUCUAUUUCUGUAUGCGACGAUUUUGAUAAGACACCUUGCUAAGUACAUAGGUAAUAUUAUACAUAGAGUAGCAGUAGUUAAUUUUUAAAAGAAAAAACAAAAAAAUCCUGUGGUACAUAGAGAAGUUGUUCGUAGAUAUGAACAAAUUAAUCCAGGAGGACGAUCAAAAAGGCGAAUUUUUCCAUGGAAAACUAAAGCUUUUUCCGGCAUGAAAAUCGAAUCGGAAAAAGCUUAUGAGAUCGAUAAAACCGUAUAUUUGGGUACUAUGAGUCAUAAAUGCGCAUACUGCGGUGCUCUUAAAUUUAAAGAAGAAGCGUCUAAAAUGUGCUUUAGUGCAGGUAAAGUACAACUUCAGCCUUUUUUACCUCUUCCGGAACCUCUUUAUAGUUUAAAUAUGAGGUUCCAUUUUGAUCAAAAACAUUUCAUGGACCGUAUUAGAAAAUACAACUGCUUCCAAAUGACAUCUUUUGGAAUGAAAAAAAUUAUUGAAGAUGGAUUUUUGCCUAUAUUCAAAGUGAAAGGUCAGGUGUAUCAUUUAAUUAGUAAUUUGCAAGCUUUACCUCAAUAA